AUGGCCAUAAAAGCCUUCUACCUCUUCCCACUUCAUUUGGUGUUGCUGAUACAUUCGGUGGCAGAAGUAGCCACCACAUUUGGUGUCAGAAUAACAGACGUCGUCUGUCCAGUACGACGUUCGAGCCCACCGUCCGCAUUACAUUCACAAGAUGUGCCGAUCGCCCUCGCCGAUUACGAGCCAGAAGUUGACGUCACCGCCUAUAUUACCGGCUGGGGUGUGUUGACGUCUUCAGUGGCCUUGGACUACGCUGACGAGCUGCAAGCUCACACCGCAGUCAUCAUGGAGCGGAAUGCGUGCAACGCCACCUACGAGUGUGAAAUCUAUGGUGAAGGAUGCGUGACGGAGAACAUGAUCUGCACGACGGAGAAGCCGUGGUGCACGGGUGACGGCGGCGGCCCCCUGGUCAUAAACAACAUUCAGUACGGCAUCGCCUCCUGGGGGUACACCUGCGGCCCUGGAUACCCGGGCGUGUACGCCAACGUGGCUGCUCUGCGCGCGUGGGUUAAUCAAACAACUGGCGUUUAGCUGUCUACGCCUACGACUUGUACUCAAUA